UGCAAUCAUUCAAACGUUCAAAAGGGCCGGAAAAAGUUCAGUUCACCAACACCAGCGUUCCAUAUUCAUCCAUUUGGAUUUUUAUUGUUUUCCCAAGCAUUGGUUCGUUCUGGACAACAGCAAAAUGCCGAAUGAGCAAGAAGAACAUGCUGCCGAAGUGGAGUUUGCUGUUUGGAGGAUGUACAAAAGAGGCAUCGAUCCGAAAGCCAUCGCGAUAAAAUUGAAAGAUUGUGAAAUAAUCGUAUCACGGAAGUUCAUUAAUCUGGCCAUUAAACGGUGCACUGUUUUGGAGCGGGAGGCAACGACGCUGCCAAUGACCAUCGAGGAGCCGGCUGGCAUCGAAAAUCUCAGCCAGCAUCUCGAGGAGCAAAAAAGCAUCGACGUGUUUAUGCAUGAAACCACCAUUAACCACACGGUACACGCCAGCACAUCCAGUGUGGGCGGCAUGGCCAUGGAAGAAGUGGAGGAGACUUCGACGGAAGCUAAUCAUGUCCCCCUGGGAGACAGUUCCGUGGAUGAAUCGACACUGACCAACGGCGUCGGCCCCACCCAAGUGGCCACCAAUGUGGAGAUACACGCCGACCAGAGUGACGAUGACCUGGACAUGUCUUCAUCAAAAAAGCCCCGUCGCAUUAAAACCACCGAUGAUCUGAUCCGCCGACUGCAGGAUGAUUUCAAGGAGUUCCCGGAAACGAAGGUGAAAGAGCGGGCAGCCAAGUUCGGCAUUGCUGUCGGCACACUGUGCCAGAUUAAACACAAUAUUUUGAAGAUGCCCAAAGAGUCAGGGAGGACGUGGAAGUCCACACCGCAAAUGGUGGAGGAUAUUGCCGCGGAUAUGCGGCUGGAGCCGAACAUGAAGGUCAAGGAGCGAGCACAGAAAUUUGGGAUUUCCGUGGGGACGCUGUGCCGGAUUAUGCAUGAUAUCCUGGAAUUGCCGAAACGUCAAGUGCAGCGUUCCGGAGAACGGCGAGCUCCCAAGAAAGUGAAUAAGCUGGAUAUGGGAUCCAUCUUGGAUCCGAUGACGCUUGCUAGCAUUCGUGAGGAAGCCGGCAGAUUAGCGCUGGCAAAAUCAUCACGAAAGCCCCGUACUCCGCGUCGCGUGCAAGACGGUGUUUCACCCAUUGCUAUCAAAUCGUCUGGAGCACCGCAGUUAUGCCAGAUGCAGCUGAAGAACGAAGCCAAUGGCCAGGUGCUGUUCCUUACGUUCGAUCCUUCGUCUUCCUCUCAGCUAAGCGCAGACGUAUCCGGAGCCAUUCCCAUAAGCGUAGCUAACAUGGCCGGAACCGAUGAAGUAAUAUGGGUGGUUAACUCAGGUCCGGAAGCGGAAGCCGCACAGACUAUUCGCGUCUCUUCCUCUCCGGACAACCCAAACACAGUGGUAAUUAAUACCACGGAAGAAUCCAAAUAGUGCGCUUUAUGUUUUACAGGAUGUAUAUAUAUAUGUUAGCGGUUAAUUUUGUUGUAUUGUAUCAUUCUUGCAGUUGCUAAAGUGGGUUGCUUAAUUUGCUUGAAUUCUCGUGCGAUUUCUUCUGCUGGGUUUUAGAAAUCUUUCUAUGUCCAUAAUUAUUAUAUUUGAAUUUGCAGUGGACUGCUGUAAUUGCAGACUUUGCGUUGCUUCAUCGUAACACUGAACGUAAUACGUGGGCUUGUGUUGAAUCAAAUUCCUGUUAUGAAAUAUUUUGACUAGUCUCUAAAGCUCGCGUAUGUGAACAUUUCUCCCGAAAUCCCAAAGCUUCGA